GACAAUCACUGUUGUUGUCUUUCAUUAAACUAAAUUUUGUAAGAAAAAAUGAGUAGUUUAAUAAAGACAUUAAAACCCCCUAAUUCAUGGUUAAAAACCAACCCAAUCUUAUUUGCAGCCGUCAGAAAUCACUGGAAUAAGGAUUAUAAACCUGGUCCAUACCCUAAAACCGAAGAAGAAAGAAGAGCUGCAGCCGAAAAAUACGGUUUACAUCCUUCAGAGUACGAACCGUAUCCAGAUGAUGGUACAGGCAACGGAGAUUAUCCCAAAUUGCCUAUGCAAUCUAUAGAAUCUAGAGAUCCAUUUUACCCAUGGGAUAAUCCUGAAUUGAAGAGGAAUUUCGGUGAAACAUUCCAUGCAGAGUAUGAUUUACUGAGAGAAGACAGGUAUGAUGUUAGUGCCAAACUAAGAAAGCCAUUGUGGUAUCAGUGGGCUCAAUUUUUAGGAGUCAUGUUUGGCACCUUUGGAGUUUACUAUCUUUUGGAAAAUGUAAGAAUGUUCCAUGCUGCUGUACCCAGGCAGUAUCCCAAAGAUGGAAAGGUGCAUUAUACCUUCGAGCCAGCUGAAUAGAUGAUGUAUUUAAUUUGUUUUAAUAGAUAUUUGUAAAUAUGAAUAAAAUAUUUGUAAAAU